AUAUUGCAGCGACCUUUAUCUCAAGACCGACUCAUACCGGGCAUGCAAUUGGUGUCUAAGGGAUGAAGGAGAAACAAAAGACACCAAGAAGCCGAUCUCUUCCUCGAACACUACCGAGGGCUCAGGAGUAAAGAUCCAGCGAGAGAUCACUCUUCCGUCGCAGCUGAACAAACCCAUCAAGAAGAUGAGACUGUUGGAUCGAUCAGCAUCGGAUGCCACAGAUCACAUGCGAUCAGAAGAGCUCUCGCCAAGCUUCCGCAGAGGGGGGAGGCAGGUCGCCAAAGGAAAGGUGCGAAGGUACAAACUCCUGGAAGAGGUCUCCAGCUAGAUUAUGCUUUGAAGUAAUUACCUCGUAUCUUCUUCUUUGUAAGACAAUUCAGCUAUGUUAAUAUGUUAUGCCACGAGAAAA